AUGCAAACGGGGCAUCAAACGACACCUGUCACCAGUGGUCAUAUGGGAUCUGUCGCCAAGGUAUAUAUUAUCCGGUCGGGUAAGACUGUCGCACAGCUCCGGGAUGCCGAUAUUGCCCAGCAGAAUCCUCGAGGUCGAGAUCGAGACGCCCUGCACAGAUAUUUCGAAGCCGCCCUCGCGAAGUUCAGGGCCCCCGUUCGAGUCAUGUUGCCGUCCAGUGCGUUGGGUUGCCAUAAACUCGAUGGCAUCUCCUUGGGCAUCUUUGGCAGCUAUCCUACGUACCCCCGGCCGCGUUUCCUAGAGGUCCCUGCCUGUCUAUCUACUAUGACGCCCACAGGUGACACCCUUGGCAAUGACAAUGGUGAAUGCGACACCAUGCGCGGCGCGUGUUUUGUCGGCCAAGGAGCCUUUCUGCAGGAGGUGGGCCAUGCCUUCGGUGCCGGACAUACUACGGGGAUCAUGGCAAGAGGGUACAGCAAAGCCUGA